AACUAUUAACUCUCAUCUAAUCAGUUUCUCUCUCUUUCUCCUUCUUUUCCCUUUAUUCAUCUCUCCUCUAUCAUGAUCUCUCCUUCAUUCAUGGUAAUAGUCAACACUAACAACAUUACCAUGAACCUAUCAUCAUCACCUUCAUCAUUUUAUCAUCAUCAUCAUUUGUGUCAUCGACAUUAGCAUCAUUUUUUCCCAUCCAGUGUUUCUUUUUUUGUUGGUCAUAGUGAAACGGAUGACCGAAUAGAGUUGAUUAUAAUCUUAAUUUCUUGUGAAUUUCUCCCACUUUUUGCUUCCAUUUCUCACUCUAUUUGAUAAUUGUCUUCUCUGUCAAUAAUUUACUUUGUUACUUUGUUUUAGUCUCUUAUUUGACAACUUUCUUAUUCAGUUAUUAGUUACAACCUUGUCUUGGUGACUCCAAUUGUUUCUUCUUUGUAAUUAUUUAAUUAUUGUAUUUUUAUAUCAACCGCUUUCAUCUUCAUUUUGGUUUACUCAUCAAAUAUCGGGAAUGCAACUUACUUCACCAAUUGUUAAUAAUACCAAUUGUAUUAGUAAUAGUGCUAAUAAUACAAGUAUUAAUAACAACAAUCAUUCCAGUAACAAUAACAACGAAAUGGUGGUUUCUGAAAGCAACAAGCCACCUUCUCAUAUCAUCAAUUUAUUUAACCAUCACCAUUCAACUUUAACCUCUCCUUCAGCCUCCUCUACAGUACCGGGUUCAAUCGUGGUUUCUCGUGACUCUUUUUCCUGUAGAAAAGUUUUCGGUGUAAUUUUAGUUGAUGAAAGAAUGAUAAUUCGUCACCUUUGUGGUUCAUCUGAUCUGAUUGAUUUGGAGUACAAAAAUCAUCUCCUUUUGGGUUCUAUUGUUGUUGACAAGGAAUCAAUGUCUAUUGAUGAAUUAAGGAGAAUAAUAGCCGAACAAAUAUCAAAUCUACCUAAAAAUUAUGCAUUCUUCAGUAAAGAAGGAUGGCCUCUGACUAAAUCUCAGGAAUGUAAAUUAAGGUUUUGUAACCUGGUGAACAAAAGAAACAUUGUUUGUAUCCGAAAAGUUUAUGAUAAACCCAGAAUAGGGGUUUUAACUGAUUCGGGCGAAUAUCUUGGCUCUAUUUUCACAAACUAUGAUUGUACCUUAAGUGACCUCCGACGAAUUCUCGAUGACAUUUUUCGCGACUCGGAAAACAGCAGUAAAUUAGCCAAAUUUAUGGACUACCGUUUCAUUGAUCGCAAUGAAUGGCCAGUUGUUCGAUCUCAUGAGGACCAGUUAACCUUGCUGGAUAUUCUAGUUAACCAAAACAUUCUCUUAAGACCAAACCUGAGUGGUUCUUUUACAUCUUCAUGUCCAGCCAUUAAAGAUGCCAGAGGAGACUCCAAUGUUGGCCUUGAAAUUGAUGGUAAAUUGACAUCGCUAGGGAAACAAGUUGUCACCACACCAACAUCAACAGAUGAUCGAAUGGAUAGUUGGAAAGUAGAUACAUGGCGUAGAAGCUCCAAAAAACGUAAUAUCAUGAGAAGAACAACAUUCCGACGUAAUCGACCAAUGAUUGAAUUGAAAGUUAGCAAGAAAAAUAAAAGCACUGGUAAAACGAUUAUGAUUAGCUACUGUCGCCAAGAGGCUUAUCAGUAUGCGAUUGAUUUGAAAGCUGAAUUGGUAUCAAACGGGUAUUCGGUUUAUUUGGAUAAAGAUGAGAUACGAACAGGAACUGAUUGGGCCGAUGAUUUGAAUGAAGCUGUUAAAAAUUGUGAAGUUUUCAUUCCCUUAAUAACGCAACUUUACGGGCGAACUCAAUGGACCAACCGAGAGGUUAAAUUGGCUGAUUUGUUAAAUAAAAAGAUUAUUCCAAUAAAUUUUCUCGACCAUUGGCCACCAGAAUGUUUAGCCAUUCAAUUUGCUACAAUGCAAUGUAAACCUUGGAAGCCCGUUGAUGUAGAUUAUGAACCAGAAAGAAAUAGUUCAAUUGAAGACGGUAAAGUUUGGCCUCGUCCAUGGUUAAAAGCAUUGGUCAAAGAGAUUUGUAAAGAGAUACCUCGAGACACUGAGUCCAACUUUAAACCCUGUGAACCUACAGACCAUCGAUUAAUUGCCAUCUCAGCUCAUCCUACUCAAGCAGCCUUAGUUAACAAGAUUAAGACUUUUCUUGGACAGCAUGAUCUUCAUGUUUGGACUUCAAUUGAGAUCACAGAGGAAUGUGAUUUAACACCAAUGACACCGUCUUAUUUACCAACCAUUGAAGAAGGUGUUCACGAGUCAAGUUUCAAUGAAGGACUUUGGACACACAAUACUCACGGUGGACGGAAUAAGCGUCCAGUUUCAUUGCCUGUUGAUCCCAACAUUGAUUUUGCUCAUAAAAAAAAGCCGGUUCAAAGGCAAACUUCAACCGUUUCAGCUCAACAGUCCAUUGGACCUGAAAAAUUGGAAAAGUUUAAAGAGUUCCAUAGCAAAGUGCGCAAUGCUGGAGCGGUAAUCAUCAUUGCUUCCAAAGCUUAUUUCAAUUCCAAAACAUCUCAGCAACAUGUUUAUUAUUGUGAACAAAGGAAACCAAUGAUUUUGGUUCGAGCUGAAGAUGUUUCACCUCCACCGUGGUUUAGUAAUUUUCAUAGAGAUGAACUUCCACUGGAUGUUAAUAGCCCUUGUUUCUUGGAGGUACUUAAAGGACGAAUCAAUCGUAUUUUAGAUCCUUGUGCCAAGACUGAUGCAUGGGAACUUCAAGAAGCCAAAAUUCAAUAUCUUCUCAACUACAUGAAGAAAAAUUUACCCGAUUUAGAUACCUGUGUUUACAUAAUUGGAAGUACUUCAGUUACAAGCCAACGGACUGAAUUGUUGUGUAAAGCAAUUGGUAAAGAAUUGACCAAAGUAGAUGGAUUAACGGUGGUCACUUGUGGUUUCUAUGGAGCCAGUCAUCUAUUAGCUAAAUCUUUUUUCGAUGAAAAAAGCAAACAAGAGGCUCCUAAGAAUCGUAAAGCUUAUGCCAAUCAGUUUCAAUCCUCAGUUGUUCAUGUUUUACCCUUAAAAGAUGCUAGUGACUUUAGUGACAAAUGUAAACAGCUUGAUGAUGGAUCAUUUCAAUCGCUUUCAUAUGGUGAAACAUUGUUUUUAGGCGAAUCCAUGAAGGAAAGAGACACCGCAAUUGCCAGAUUAUUAGAUACUUGUAUUUUGAUUGAAGGAGGACCAGAAGCAGCUCGUGAAGCACAAGAAUUUAUCUGGAAUGAUCAUUAUGUUAUACCAAUAAGCAGCACAGGUGGUGCUGCAUCCGGUAAAUAUUACCUUCCCAGGAAAGUUUUUGACAAACCUCAUGUGGUUGAUCAAGGUGAUUGGAAAAUGUUGGAAGAUCGAGAGGCAACACCAGAGGAGGUGGCUCAAACGACUAUUCAAAUAAUCAUGAAAAUUAAAGAAUCCAUAUCACUACAGAGGAUGGUUCAGAAUGCGACAAAAACCAAAGUGAAGGGGCGAUCAUUUCGACGAACUAUAAAUAGAACAGAAAAGGUUGAAACCGAUGUUACGUUAAUAAGUAAAAAAGUAAUCACAAGUGAAGAGGAAACAUCGAAAAGAGUCUUACCUGUUAAAACGAGUUUACCAAUGAAAACUAGCAAAAGUCGUUGGCAUCGGUUUUCAAGCUUCAUUAGUUUUGCCUCUCAUAGGUGUUGAUAAAAUUGGACCAAGGAAACAGAUUGAUUGGAAUAAUCAAUGAAUAGAGUUUAAACAAUAAUGUACAGAACAAUUUCAACAGCCAAUAAUGAUUUCAUUUCAUUGUAUGAUUUGGCAUGUUUGAAAUCAGGAUACUUCGAUUCAAUGUGCUGUACAUGAAUCAAAAGAUAAUCAUCAAUGAGUAACCUUCUGUACAUUAGGAUUACUUGAUUAUUUAUUUGUCCAUUUAACUUAUUACCAUCAAGAUAAGCCAAUGAUUUUGAAAACUAAACUCUAAAAUAACUAUUGGUAGCAACUAAUGAUAACAACGAUUAAUGAAGAUCUACUGUGUUCAUGCUUCUCGAUAAAUGACGGCAAUAUAUGCAAAAAAUAAAACCAAAGGCAAUUGCAAAAGGUGUACAUUUCCCCUACUUUUAUGUAUAAAUAUAUUUUAAAAUUAAUUUUUGAAAAAUAAAUUACACAAAAGUGUAAAUUAUAAAAUUUA